AUGAGCCUGCACCCGACCAACGUGAUCCUGAUGCCCCCGCUGCCUGAAAUGGGAGCCUUCUCCGCGUCGCCAAGCAGCCCGGACUCCGCCAGCCGCUCCAGCUCCAGCUCCAGCAACACCAAGAAGCGCCGACGCCUGUCCCCCACCAAAGACAGCAACAGCACCAAUAACAACGAGGAGCUCAUCUGCGUGCUCACGGGCGCCACGCCGGCGCCCCCGCGGCCGCGCGCGGCCAACGGAGCCCCGCUCACAGCCACGCACGAGAUCCGCCUGCUGCGCGCGCAGGUCGCCGAGAUGGAGGACGAGCUGCGCGCGCUCAACAACAAGUGGGCCGCGCAGCUGCCCGACCAGCGCACGCUGGCCAUCGCGCAGCGCUCGGCGCGCGAGAAGCACGGCGCGAUCCAGACCGAGGCGGCGCACAACGAGCUGCAGCAGAUGCUGCUGCAGCAGCAGUUGCUCUUCGCCACGCUGCAGGCCGCCGUGUUGCGGGCGCCGCUGCACUCCAGCGGCCAGGCGAUGUUCGAGGCGCUGCACUUUGACACGCACCUGGGGCGCGACGCUGAAGAGAGGGAGACGCUGCUGCUGGCCCACAACGAGCGCUCGCUCGCGACGCUGCCGUCGAUCGUCAACAGGUUCGCGCAGAUGGCCAUCGACCGCGUCGUGGCCCACCAGGGCAAGAGCAAGAAGCCGGUGUUGCCGGUGUUGCCCCUGUCGCACUUGGACAUCACCGGCUGCAAGAACCGCACGCUCAUCUCGAGCGUCUUCAUCUCGGAGAUCCCGCACACGUCGCUCGAGCAGGUGUACGCGGCCGUGCUGGCCUACUUCGACGGCAUCCCGACGUCCAUGAAGCGCCACUUCAAUGUCAACGCCAAGCGGACCAGACUCAACAGCGCCGACUCGCCCGUGGUGUACCGUCGCUCGACGUUUAACGGCGCGGGGCUCCCGGCCAUCGUCAACAACGUCGUGUGCUCGGACCUCACGCCAUCCCAUGGCAUGGUCCACAUCGACGCAAUCACGGAGGACCCACUGCACCCGGUCAACCGGACGGGGCCGUCGCAGUACGGCAUCUGCGGGCUGACCAUCACCCCGCGCAAGGACCCCGUGACCGGCAGGACGGUGGCGGUCACGCUGCGGUGGGCCGUUGUCUACAACUACAACAUGCUGCCGGACGACCCGGCGCUCAAGGACGACCUGGAGAUCAUCCGCCCCAUUCUGAACGGCGACCUGAUCACCGCGACCGUGUGCGGCUACAUCCAGCAGCAACAGCAGCAGCAGAGCCAAAGCCCGCGCACCGAGUAA